AUGGACACUCCACAGCAGCGGCUGGUCGCAGGCUUGCUUACCUCGCUUGUAUCUUCGACUAUUGCACCAUCUGCUACAACUCAAACCCCCGCCUCCUUUUCGCGCUACGCCCAUUCUGUCCCUCCCUCCUCGACUGCGGUCCCUCCACAUAACCAUAAUGGCAACGGAAGAAGCGGCAUGCACGAAUGGUCGUCACUUAUUGGUAUCACCACGGCCUUGGUCGGCAAUGUUCUGAUUUCAUUGGCGCUCAAUAUCCAGCGCUACGCGCACCUUCGGAUCGCUCGUGAAUGGGAAGAAGAUAAGAGCAAACACGAAGCCGAAUGGCGGCGCACGCAUUCAGAGUCCUCAUUUGAAAAUCAGUAUGGGGCUCUAAGAAACGGCGAUCGGAACCGGUCCCGUGGACGCUCGCGCGUUCCAAACCUGCGUGUUGAAGGUAGCGGCUUUUCGCCGUACCGUGUUGAGGACGGCACUGCGAGAGAUAGCAGCGAUGCCUCUUCGCGAGAUUCUCUUGCGUCCGACCGGACUGCCCGACCUGGUGACGGAGGACACCAGCGCAAGUCUUAUCUCAAAUCUCCAUACUGGUGGGUUGGAAUCGUGCUUAUGUGUCUUGGUGAGAUGGGCAACUUCAUGGCCUACGGAUUCGCACCAGCUUCCAUCGUUUCUCCUCUAGGUGUUGUGGCUUUGAUCUCGAACUGUGUUAUAGCUCCAUGCCUUCUUAAAGAGAAGUUCCGAUCGAGGGAUUUCUGGGGCGUUUUGGUCGCUAUCGCGGGUGCUGUGGUUGUCGUGCUCAGUGCAAAAGACUCCGAGGAAAAACUGGGCCCUGGUGAAAUCUGGAUGAUGAUCACCCGUUGGGAAUUUAGACUCUAUCUGGGCCUAACCACCGGGCUGAUCAUAGCUCUUAUGUGGGCUAGCUUCCAGUAUGGCUCACGCUCAAUCCUCAUCGAUGUUGGGCUGGUCGCACUGUUCGGUGGAUACACAGCUCUUUCUACCAAGGGUGUUUCUUCGCUGCUGUCCUUCACUCUCUGGCACGUCAUUACCUUCCCCAUCACAUAUUUGCUCGUAUUUGUUCUUGUGUUCAGCGCAUUGAUGCAAAUUCGCUACAUCAACCGGGCCUUGCAGCGUUUUGACUCGACCCAAGUGAUCCCGACACAAUUUGUUCUCUUUACUCUAUCCGUCAUCAUUGGAAGUGCAGUCCUCUACCGUGACUUUGAGUCAAUGACGGCCGAGCGUGCAAUGAAAUUCGUGGGAGGAUGUUCCUUGACAUUCCUGGGAGUUUACUUUAUCACCAGUGGUAGGGUCCGGUCCGAUGACGAAUCUACCUUUUCUACCGAAGACGAAGAAGAGGCCAUUGGCUUGCUUCACGGUGAACGAUACCAUGAUCGGAUCGACCUCUCCCCUCCUGGCCAUCAUAUUGGACUGUCAAAAACACUGCAUUCCGCCCCCGGGGUAGAUCUUGACAUUGUGCACUCGCCUUCAGGGUCUCUAGCGAGCCGUGGGAUUGACGGAGUCGAUGAGAACGAGCUCACAGCUCGAGGUGUCCUAUCUGCUGCACCAUCGUCUCCUGCAGGCUCAUUGACCGCCAAUUCGACUUUCUCGGACCCCUCGCUGGAUCACGCAUCUCCUCUACGCGCUCCUUCUCACAUGUCCAACCCAUGGGCCGACUCAGAUCAACCACUCGUAACACCCAAAUCCGAUACGGAGAUUUACCGCGACGCUCCUCCUUCACCACGAGCCGUUGAUCCCAUUCAGGAAUCAACAGUCGAUCUUCAAUUCCCACCGGCUCCCGGUGCAGAGCAUCUAACUCCCGAUGGUUCAUCAGCAACUUUUCGUCGUGCCUCCACCCCAGCUCUUGGAAAUGAACCCCACAUUCUUCUCGAGACGCCUUCCCGACGCGCUGUGCGCAACUCCCUUUCUCAUAGGUUCUCCCCCGGUCCCCUUCUCCCUACCCUCUCGGGUGGUUUCAGCGCCGUUGUUGCUGAAUCCCUCCGCCGCGGCGAAGGCAGUCCCCUGAAAGAGCGGAGCAGGCGGAAGCUAGGUCGUCGUAGGCAACUAGAUGGCGCAUUCGACCGAGGCACGGGCCGUUACCAAGACGGCGAUCUCGCACAUCCGGGCGCCGAUGUUGAUGGCCUUGAAACCCCGUUGACGCUUGCCAAUGCUCGUCUCCAGUCCGCUACAAAUCCGGCAAAGCCAUCCGCCGAGGCCGGCCGCUCCACUCCGGGACUUGCUACCGAGCUCUACACCACAGCAUCUGACACCGGCGAUGAAGAAGGGACACGGCUCCGCAGCUUCAGUGACUCUUGGAGCGGUGGCCUUGCUUGGCUGGGCGGUGCACUGAAGAAGAACAACCAGCCUGUCGACAGCAGUGCGGUGACGCAAGGCACCGUGACUCCGCAGGCCAGCGAGGGGCUCUCGGCACAGGGUGAAAAUCAAGACUAUGCACACACCGAGAGCGAGUCUCGGACUUGA